GAGGAUUCCAUAAGAUUAUUUAAUAGCAUCUAGAGAUGAAUUCGACAGAGACAGAAGGGAAAGGCAUGAACCACACCACCGAUAUUCAUCUGCAAAUCCGCGUACUACUCGCCAUCUGCGUCCUUAUUUAUGUACUUACAGCCAUCUGGGUUCUGUUGCGAAGCUAUUAUUUUACGACACUGAAUCUGGACCUCAGUGCCAUCUUAGAUCCUUCGUUCUCUGUCCCCACAGCCACCGAGGAAGAGCGAAGACUAAAUCUUCUGGAACGAGUCGCGCCAACCAAACCGUUUAUUACGUGGUGGAGAUCGGUUCAAACCGAGCGCAGUCCCCUCAAAGACUACGAUCGUGUAUUUGACUGCGCGAUCUGCCUCGAGCCCGUUUCUAAAAGGUGUCCAAUUCACACUCUUCCCUGCCGACAUGUGUUUCACAGCCAGUGCCUGGAAACGUGGUUCUUGAACUAUCAUUAUACUUGCCCAAUGUGUCAGAAGCCCUUUCAUGUUCGCGUAGAGAGCAACCCUGAUAGUGCGGUGUAGAGUUUGCAAGCAGAUCUCUGCAUCUGUAGCCGAUGAGAAGCCAUGCGAAAUACACUGAGCCAAUUCUCAAUAGCUUAUUAUAACUUGAAAUAUCCCCGACACAGCCCAUC